GCGAAACGAACAGGUUGUCGGUGCAAUACAGGCUAAUAUUUCGUUAGUCUAAUUGAUUGGUAUUAUUUUGUGGAUACAAGAUCUUUAAGCAUUUUUGCAUAUAUGUGAAGGUGCUGCAAGUUGUGAGUUGCGACAUCAAUAAUACAAUAUAUAGAAAAAAAAAAAAGAAAGAGAUAGAUAGAAAUAAGUGCAAACUACAAUCACUUGACAACUUUUUAAAAGACCACACCUAUUCCGAUUUUUUUUUUCUAAACGGCUUUAAAUUGCUAUAAAUGCCGCAAACCAACUACAACAACAACAACAACACCAGAACUAAGGACAACAACAAAAAUGCUGAUUUGCAGAAAAAAUUUGGUCACUUUUAAAAUUUUGUUGCUGCUACUGCUAAGCAUUUGUGCUAAACUUUCAGAAUCUCUUAUUGUGCCACAAGAACUACCAUCAAUACUAUCACUAGUCUAUUCAAACAUACCUCCAAUCAAGAAAGGCACCGAUUCACGUCUUGGAUUUGGUUUUCGUCUGGGUGAGCAUGCAGAUUUUCAAAUACUAGUCGAAUUAGGACCACAAAAAGAAACACGUCCCAUCGGUGAAAAAGAUGGAAGUGAAUCAUCUUUUAAUAAACGUCAUGUAAGCAAAAGCGAUCAGAGAAAUGCUUUGCGCCAAUACUACAGACAACAGCAACGGCAACAGGAAUUGACAUCGACAGAACGCAGUGCUGCCAAUUGGUUAGAAAAUUGGUCAAAAGAUAUGAAUGCUAAUAGCAAAAAGUCAACAAAAGAAAAACGCCAACAAAUCAUAUCAGCUAAACAACAGUUCCCGAAGGUUGCUGGCCUGCCAGCAGUGCCAGUUGUACCAGAAAACUCACUAAAGCAAUUGCAGAUGUUAUACAAAAUGGCAGGAACAACAGCUACAAUGACAAUGACAGUUGAAACAACAACAACGCAAGCAACGACAACACAACAAACUAGCACAACUCCUGUGCCUUUUAGAGGAGGUCCUCUAAAUUUAGGAGGUCCAGCAGGCUUCACAUUAUCACCAUUAUUACCCAUUAAAUCGCAAAACCCAUUAAGACAUAUACCAACUCUUUUAGAUCCAAGAACCAACACUUUAAAAGAAUCUCAGCAAGAGAAGUCUAAAGAACAAAUUACCAAGGAACUCAUGGAUGUCUCGCUUGAAGCUGAGGAGUGAUGUGCAGACGGUUUUGUUCCAAUAAUAGUUGUUGUAAAAUAGUUAAGGCGAAUUGUGUUCUGAGUGUUGCAUUUUUGAGGUUGCAUUAGUUACUCGUAAUUGAAGUGCUGCACAAAACUCUGGUGGUGAUAUAUUUUAUUUUUUUUUUUUGUA